GAAACAUCGACCGACGCUCGUAUAAUUGUUUUGUUUAUAAAAUUAAUGUUAUUGUAUUCCAUACAACUUGUAAUGCAAUCGACAAUCGUUUAUCUGUUUAUACCAGUUAGUAGAAAGUUCCUCAACCUCAGGUGUGUGAUAUUAAUCGUUUCAUAGUGCUUUUGAGUGUUGUUCCCAACUAGUUUUCAUGAGAAAUGGGAAUUGAAAUAAUACGAUGUAUGUAUGUACCUACCAUGACUAAAUAUAUGACACUAUCCACCAUCUACCUGUGCAAACAGACUGAUAAGAUAUGGAAAUGUUAAUAAUCCACUUCGUAUUCUGUCUACUAUGACUAAAGAUAGGUUAAGUGAACUGUUGAAGGACCAGGACAGAAACAAUAAAAAUGUCACAAUUGAAGUGGAAAAUGAAGCGCAUGUUAAAACUGAUAACAAGGAACUGAGAAAAACUUUUGAACGAGCUGAAAUCUUUAUACAAUGGAUAGAAGGAAUGGAGAAAAACGUUCGAGAUGUCCAGAAUCAUAUUCACAGAUUAGACUUGAGUAUGAACCAAAGAGAUCUGCACGAUAAAAUUCAGAGUAUAUUUCAAAACAACACCAGCAUAUCUCACAGAAUAAACUCAAAACUCAAAGAGUUCGAAGAGGACUUGAAAACAACCAAUAAGGAAACAGCAGAAGGCAGAAUAAAAACGAUACAAUUCAAUACUUUGAGGACCAGGUACACCGAAAUUUUCAGACAAAAUAAUGCAGCUCUGGAGAACUACCGAAAUAUCCAGAAAAAUCAUUUGGAGGGACAACUUAGGGCCAAAGGAAUCAGAACAACGGACGAAGAGCUGGAGCUACUUUUGGAAAAUAAAACUAAUAUUCAAGUUUUCACAGACAACAUAAUUGCAGAAACACAAGAAGCUAAACGUAUCCUGGCUGAUAUAGAAGAAAGGCAUCAGCAGUUGCUGCAAAUUGAAAAUAUGCUUGUAGAAGUCCGAGAUUUAUUCUUGCAAAUGGCGAUUAUAAUAGAUGAACAGAGAGACCUAAUAGAUCGUGUCGAAUAUCAGGCCCAAUCAGCAAAGGAUUAUAUUGGCAACACGCCAAAAAUUUUGAGAAAUGCUGCUAAAAAAAAGACGAAAUAUUUGAAGUGUAAAAUUUACAUGGGGAUAGCCGUACUAGUUUUCAUCAUCAUCAUUCUGAUUUUACUGUUUAAGUGACUCAUUUAGACAUGUUUUUGUGGAAAGCAAUAAAAAAUAUGAAAUACUGGUUUCUAAUAUCGCCUUCGACUGAUUUUGUAUGAUUCGAAAAUUAUAAUAAAUCCUGAGAAAAUGGUGA